AUGGCUCGGAUUAAGGUGCACGAGCUCCGGCAAAAGAGCAAGGCGGAUCUGCUGCAGCAGCUGAAGGAGCUCAAGGCGGAGCUCUCACUGCUGCGCGUGGCGAAGGUCACCGGCGGCGCCCCCAACAAGCUGUCGAAGAUCAAGGUGGUCCGGCUGUCGAUUGCGCAGGUGCUCACCGUCAUCGCGCAGAAGCAGAAGGCCGCGCUGAGGGAGGCGUACAAGAACAAGAAGUAUCUGCCGCUCGAUCUCCGUCCUAAGAAGACCCGCGCCAUCCGCCGUCGCCUCACCAAGCACCAGGCAUCAUUGAAAACAGAGAAGCAGAAAAAGAAAGAAAUGUACUUCCCGCUUAGGAAGUAUGCUAUUAAGGUCUAA